AUGGAUGACCCGGGGGUCUCUCCAUCAAGUAAUCAGAUUGGUGAUACCUAUUGGGACUUACCUCCAGACAUUGGUGGAGAUAUGUCUGAGGACCUCCAGCUGCAGUCCAUUGGAGGCGUUGACUCUAUGCUUUCUACUGAGUUACUCAUGAAUGAAAUGCAAGCGGAGCCUUCGUUGAACCCCAUCGAGGAUUCCGCAAGUCUCUGGCCUCUAUUGCCAGACAUUGGGGGUGUUGAUAAUGCCUUUCUCACACCUGUUUCGGGGUACAGUGAAGGCGAUUUUCAAGAUUCUCAGACAAUUUCCAACGGUUUCUAUGAUGUCUGCUUUGGGAUGGUCGUACUCCAAGCAUCUUGUCAUAAUCUACCGAUGGGAGCCGAGGAUUCUGUCCCUGUUGACGUACACGUGGUGGAUAAUCUCUUAAAGCUUUCCGCUGGCUCUCCAAAGCACAAUGUCGGUAUUUUGUAUUCGGAAGCCCUGGGCAAGCUUGUUCAGGAUUGUAAAGUCACAUUAUCUGCCAGAUGCGAGCGGCCAAAAAAGGAGAAAGCUUCGAGGGUGACACUAGGCCAUAAAGAUACGAAAGUUGAAAUCGUGAUUUAUGGUUUUUCUAGUGAGGUUGACUUGGUGGAUAGCAUUCUUUCAGAUGGUGAUUUGUUUCUUCAACACCCGACACAAGGCGAUACCUCUGUCCCGUAUCAGAAUCCUCAGUUCUUGCUAGGCCCAGGAACAGAGAUGCCUCUUAUUGAAGAGAUAGAUGCUGGAAACCUGUUGCAACCAGAAGACAUUGAUCAACUCUUGGAUAAUCCACGGGCUCGUGAAGUCUUCCAGGCAUUUGACAAUGUUGAUGGCCCUUCCACGUUCGCGGCCGUUGAGCAAAGCCCGCGCUUGCAGACGAAGCUCAAAGAACAUCAAAUCAAAGCACUUUCCAUGAUGGUCGAGAAGGAGCGCGGUAUCGUUGAAGGCGCACAUUUCCCUCCUCUCUGGGAGGUCUCGCGAGGUCAGGGCGGUAAUGUUGAAAUGGCAUCGGAAGUUCAACCCCCGCCCCUUCUUGGAGGCAUAUUAGCUGAUGUUAUGGGCCUCGGAAAAACACUGAGUAUACUCGCCCUCAUUGCUUGGUACCUUGAUAGCCUAGCUCUGGACGCCAUUGCGCCUCGCACAACUCUUGUCGUCGCCACCACAUCGACUAUCCCGGGAUGGGAACAACAAAUCUCGAGGCAUUUGCAGCAGGGACAAGUCAAAGUAGCUGUUUUCCAUGGACCAAACAGGCAUAAACUGGCGCCAAACUUGAUGACCAACGACAUCGUUUUGACGACCUAUGAGACUUUGCGUAGUGAAUGGUCGACUGAUCUAGCAAACAGUGUUUUAUAUCAAAAUCACGGUGGUUGGGCGCGUAUAGUUCUUGACGAAGCCCAUCAUAUUCGGAAUCGGUCCUCGCAGAUCUUUCAAGCGACAUGCGACCUCCGGGCUAGAUAUCGUUGGUGUCUUACCGGAACGCCAAUUCACAACACAGUGGACGACUACGCAGCCCUGUUAGCAUUCAUCAGGGUGUUUCCAUUUGCCGGCUCCAGUGGAAAACUCGCGUUUGCUCAUUGGAUCAAUUCCCCGUUGAAUUCUCAUGAUAAACAUGAGAUCGGAAUUCGACGUUUCAGGAACCUUAUUGCUGCAACUUGUUUACGACAUACGAAGGACCACUUACAAGAUCAACUACAGCUACCAUCACGCAUUGAAAAAGUGCAUCAAAUUGAUCUCUCUGACGAAGAGCGAAAAAUCUAUGACUUCUUUAAGUCUCGGGCGUCUUCUCUUGUGGGGAGGUCGAGUCAGAAGUCGCAGAUGGAUAAAACAUCCUGGAAAUCGAUGUUGUCCAUAAUUGGAUUUCUGAGGUCAAUUUGCAACCACGGAAGACAACUUCUACCGCCAGCCGCUAUAGAAAUGUACAACAAGCAGAAUAUCUCCACUGUCGCCUCACCAUUGAAAACUAAAACGCAAUCCGAUGUAUCGACAGCUCCUUCUGGACUAUCGAUUGAUCUCGUACCUGGCUCUCCAGGAUCAGCAAUGGACCUUGAUAAAUUGGGGCGGACUGGAUACCAGCCUUCAUCAAAAAUUAACGCAUUGAUACAAAACGUCCAGAAUGAACAACUCGGGAAUCUGUCAACUUUUGAUAGAAUACCUGUAAAGAGUGUUAUAUUCAGCGUCUGGACAAAGAUGCUUGAUCUCAUUGAAAUUGCUUUGGGAGAAAAUGGCAUAUCCUUUCAAAGGAUUGAUGGGAAAACAUCGGUUGGACAUCGAUCUCUUGCACUGAAGAGGUUCAAAGAAGACAUGGAAUGCACAGUCUUACUUGCCAGCAUUGGAGCGGUUGCUGAAGGGUGCGUUGUCAAUAAACAAAUCCGCGUGACGGCAGCCAAAACUAACGGCAUUGGUAUUUUCAGUGUUGAUCUUACCAGCGCAAGCAGUGUACACCUCGUUGAACCCCAAUGGAAUCCUAUGGUCGAAGCCCAGGCUGUCGAUCGAGUACAUCGCAUUGGCCAAAAUCGCAGUGUAACAAUCAAUCGCUAUGUCGUGAAAGAGUCUAUUGAGAAUUACGUCCAAGGGAUUCAACAAAGCAAACUGAGACUGGCUCAACAAUCGUUUGGUGAUACCAAAACGGACCAGGAAAAGUUUAGAGAAGCCCGUCUACAAGUGAGUAUUCUGACCAGAAUGCCCCUGAAGCUCCAGGAAGUAGCAGGACACUAA